AUGUCUGCCGUCGACGCACUUGCUGACUCCGUGGCUGCGACCACCCUGAACGACAAGCCCGAGACCAACGGUGCUACCCCUGCCACCCAGGCUGCCGAUGCCGCGGCCGCCAGUGCCGAUGAGGGUCGCCGUCUCUACAUCGGAAACCUCGCAUAUGCGACCACCGAGGAGGAGCUCAAGGAGUUCUUCAAGAGCUACACUAUCGAGACCACCUCGAUCCCGGUGAACCCCCGCACCAACCGCCCUGUUGGCUACGCCUUUGUCGACAUUGCCACUGCUGCUGAAGCCUCUGCCGCUAUUGAGGCCCUCUCUGGCAAGGAGAUCCUUCAGCGCAAGGUGUCUGUGCAGCUUGCCCGCAAGCCCGAGCCUGCCGAGGCCAAGGAAGCUGCUGCUAGCGGCGGUGAGGGUGCCAGCGGCGCCGAGGGUCCGCAUAUCGAGACCUUACAAUGGAUGCUGACUCUUUCAAAGGCCCAGGAGGGCCAGGAAACCACCGAACCCGCUACUGGUGAGGCUCCUCUUGCCGAGACUACCAACGAGAAGGACGCUAGCCCCAAGGCUGGUGAGGCCCGCGCCGCGCGCCCCCAGAAGCAGCGUGGUCCUCCCGAGGAUGGUAUUCCCUCCAAGACUAAGGUUAUGGUUGCCAACCUGCCAUAUGACUUGACCGAGGACAAGCUCAAGGAGAUCUUCGCCGCCUACGAGCCCGUCUCUGCCAAGGUUGCCCUGCGCCCCAUCCCCCGCUUCAUGAUCAAGAAGCUGCAGGCUCGCAACGAGCGCCGCAAGACCCGUGGCUUCGGCUUCGUUAACCUUGCUUCGGAGGAGCUCCAGACCAAGGCUGUUAGCGAGAUGAACGGCAAGGACAUUGAUGGUCGUGUCAUCGCUGUUAAGGUUGCCAUCGACAGCCCUGGCAAGGAGGAUGACGAUAUCAACGCCGUCGCUGAGACCGAGGAGCCCGCUGCCCCUGCCCCUGCUCCCGCUCCGGCUCCGGCUCCCGCUCAGGAGAAUGCCACUCCUGCCGCCACCACUCAGGCUUAG